CAUUGUAUGUGCGGUAUGUAGCCAGAGUAAUCAGGUUUUGGUCAACCGGAAUAAUUACCUAUAAAAGCCUGACGAAAGUGGCGAGCAAAACACAAUCUAACAAGAGACAGGCUUCAUCAUAGCACGCAACAGGGACAGUCAUGAAACUGACAUACCUUCUACUAACACUGUUGGUCUUUUUCGAAGCCUUCUCCACAAGAAAAUAUGGUGGAAGAAAAAACAAAUGGAUGAAAAACAAAUGGAACCAAAAAGGUCUACGGAGAGUAAACAGAAAAUAUGGUGGUAAUUAUAACGGACAAAGGUAUUACGUAAGAAAUAAAAUACCCAUGCUGAGAUAUUAUCGCAUGAAACCACCAAAAGUUCCCAAAAUCCCUAAAGCGUUACGUUGCUCUCUGAAAGCUCAAGAACGGUUGGAACGGCUUGUUCAAGAAAUAAUUUUAAAGGAUGUGAAACCAGCACCAAACCCUUUACCAUCGUGUCCGGCGGGGUCAAGUCUCUUUGAAGUAGAUCGUUUUGCUUUCGCCGUGAAUUUGACGAGAACAUUGUUAUUGGAAGCGAGGGAUUAUUUGAAGGAUAAAUGUAACGGUGGUGCAACUACAACUACUGCACCAACAACAACACAGGACAUGGGUGGUUCAGGAGGUCGUGAAAUUAUCUUGCCUGAAGGAUCAACCCUUGUAAAACGUCUUUGUUCAGAAAAAACUGGAAGUGGUCCUGCGUCGGAUGUUGUCAGCAUGUGCAAAGAAUGCUUAUACACAGCAAUACUGCCGGAGAAAAAGUUCUUUCCAUCACGAAUCCGAGUGGUAACAUGCGGAGACAUAAAUGAACCAACAAGUGACGACAAACAAUGCUUUCUAACAGAAGGACUCUGUCUCGAGACGGAACAGUCAGUAACUGUCUUUGAAAGCACUGAAGGACGCAACAUGUCCGACUUCGAUCAAUGGAAGUCUCGAACUUUACGUAUUCCGCAAGGUUGUUCUUGUCAUUUAAAGAGAAGCGCCAGACUUGUCGACUUGCUGGAGUAACAGGUCGUAUUGCAUCGAGAGUUCUAUAAUCUGGGGUGUGAGAUCUUAAUUUCUACAAGCAGUCAAUGCGAGUGUCAAUACAUUUUAAAGUAAUUAAUUUGUGAUAAAGAAUUCGCAGUUUUUAUGAUGAGAUAUCUCAUUUUGGUGAAUGAUGCUUAUGUCAGAUUCUUAAUUUUGUAUAUCUGUAUAUUCUGUAGUUAUGUAAAUUCACAA